CGGCGCAGCCAGUCAGGAGCGUGGAUGCUGAUGGGUCCCCGGACCGAGCGCGGCUGAGGAGGAGGGGGGUGCAGGGCCGCUGUCCUUUUUGACCGAGUAACAUCUCAUCAGCCAUGGCAGAGGGUGUCCAGACUCCAGUCGUAUACCAGCACCAGUACAUGUGCUCAGAGUGUGGUUCUCUCUACAAUACAUUGGAAGAUGUCUUGGUUCACCAACAAAACCAUGUCGGUGGAGGUGUACAAGCAGCAGUGUCCCAGGAUGUUUCCCUGGAGCUGGGAGAACUGCAGAGUUUGGUCCAGGAAAGCCAGUACCAAUGUUUGGAGUGUGGGCAAGUUCUUUUGUCACCAGAUGAGCUUCUACAUCACCAGGAGAUGCACAUACGCGAAUUCCCACAGACUCCCUCCGCCCCGUCUUUGGGAAAUAGCCAAAUCCACUACCAGUGCUCGGAGUGUAAAGAACUCUUCACCACCCCUGAGCUGUGGGUUGCUCACCGCCGAAAGCAUGAAAAACCAGAGCAGCCACCUCAACAAAGUGUCGUUCUGCAAACCGGAACCAGUAUCCAGGCAUUGCUUAGCCUGCAAAAUGUUCUGCUGGACGAGAGGACUUUAAAUGGUUGGGGGGUAGAAGUUCCAGCUGUGGUUGCAACCACAGAGAGCGCAGCACAGUCUGGACCACAAACAUGCCUCACAGUAGCAACUGAAAGUGUACCUGGGAAAGGAGAACUGGUCCAGGUCUCGGAGAUGCACCCAUAUGAAUGUUCCGAGUGCUUAGAAGUAUUCCAUACCCCUGAAGAAUUUCUUGACCAUCAGGGUCGACACUUCACUGAAUCAGAGAAAGAAAGCUCAGCUUCUCCCUUGUACAGUAGCUCAGAAAAUGCUGCGCCCUCGCCCAGUAUUAUUGAGAAAUUAAGGAAAGAAUGGAUGAUAGAGGAACAUGAAGAAAGGACCAGAGAAAGCUUGGGGUUAGUGCAACGGGUUUACCGCUGCCAGGAGUGCAAGAAGGAGUUCAUAACGGCAAAGUACCUUCGGAAACAUCGCAAGGAACAACACAGUGUGGAAUUUCCAUGCCCCGACUGCGAUCGCUUCUUUACCUCUGCCAACCGAUUGCAGUCCCAUCGGCGCGUGCAUGUGGAAGGAAACUUGCAGUGCCCAAAUUGCUACAGAGUGUUCAAGAAGGAGGCCUCUUUGGAGCAGCAUAUGAGAAUACAUCGGGGGGAGGCUCUGUAUCUCUGUGUGGAUUGCGGUUUAGGCUUUGGUACAGAGAUCACCUUGAUCUUGCAUCGGAAAAGCCAUACCGCAGACCCCCUUCAUCGCUGCCACUGUGGCAAAACGUUCAGUAACAUGACCAAGUUUUUGUAUCAUCGAAGGACACAUUCUGGCAAAAGCGGUGUCCCCACUCCAAGGCAGGACAAACCGUCCUUCAUACAACAGAGACCCUUAGUUCUCUCAGAUUCUCCCGCCAUUUCAGCUGCUAUGCCUCUCGCAAGUUUAACUGCUUCAAAGUUUCUUCCUCAACAAACAGCCCUGCACAAUGUGGCCCAGAACGCACAGUCCCAGAAAAACGGGUUCAACCCACACAUUUCAACAACAGAGCCAAAGAAUGGCUCAGGGACUCAGGCUCAGAGCUUCAAGUGCCCUCAAUGCAGCAAAGACUUCCCAACACAGCUGAAAAUGAUGCAGCACAGGCGAGUGGUUCAUGCCAUGGAAAGAAAGCACAAGUGCAGCGUAUGUAGCAAAUGCUUUAAGAAGCAGGUGCAUCUGCGAAACCACCUGCGCACCCACACAGGCGAGCGUCCAUUCCAGUGUACGGAUUGUGGCAAGACCUUCAGCUCCCUUACCAGUCUAACACGGCAUCACCUUGUACACACUGGGGAGCGACCGUACAAAUGUGACCUCUGUGGACAUUCAUUCACCCAGAGUUCUAAUCUGCAGCAGCAUCGUGCCCUGCACACCGGCUCUAAUCGGUUCCCUUGUAAGAUCUGUGGACUAGAAUUCAACAGGGCUUCCAGGCUUGCAUUGCACCAGAUCAGACACACGGGCAUCCUGCCUUACAAAUGCCCCGACUGCGGCAGGACCUUCUUGCGCAAGAAACUACUGCAGCUGCACCAGUUAGAGCAUCAAGGCAAAGCUCUGAUCUACUGCAAAGAUUGCGCCGUUGUUUUCCCCGAAGAGUCGCAACUCGCCUUGCACACUUGUCGCAGCAAAAAUGCGUGUCAGUAUAAAUGUCCCACGUGUGGCAAAAAACUAAACUCCAGUUCCAGCUUGAAUCUCCAUCUCUUACUCCAUACGGGUCAGCGACCAUUUAAGUGUCAUGUCUGCGGAAAAGGUUUCGCUAGCCAGAGAGGAGUGACACGACACCAGCAGUGGCAUUCCGGGGUCCGCCCUCAUAAGUGCGGCGUUUGCGGAAAAGCGUUUGUCGCCUCUUUCAGUUUGCAGUUGCACCAGCGUGUUCACACUGGCGAACGUCCGUUUCCCUGCCUGGACUGCGGUAAGAAAUUCCGGCAAGCCGUCCACUUGAGAGAGCACCGCCGCCUGCAUACGGCGGAAAGACCCUUUCGCUGCCAGGAUUGCGGAAAGACCUUUGUCCAUUCGAUUCAACUGGCAGAACACAGUCAUGUUCACAGCAGUGACCAUCAUCGCAAAACUCACCAGAACCCGAUUGCCCAGACGCAGCAGACAAUCAUGUGCACAGAACUGGGAGAGCCCAUAGCAAUUAUUGAGAGUGUGGAACCGCUGCCCCUGGCUGAGACCAUUGAGAUUUACCAGGCGGCACUGGAAGGGAAUUUGCAGGUGCAGGAUGUGACUUUAUAGGCGUCCUCACUGUUCAUACUGUAUAUAGUUCAAUAGAACGGGAUGUGUUUAUUCCUGACAUAAAAGGCUUAU